AUGCCAGGCUUUCAGUGGACUUUGUUGCCGGCAGAGAUUCGGAACCCGAUACUGGAGCGCAUCUCGCGGCAGAGUUAUCGAGGUACCGCCGCGGCCGUCUGUUCAGAAUGGCAGGCGUAUCUCGAGCCGCGGAAUUUUGCCCGACUCAGACUAGAGCUACGGAACCUGGAGCAAUUCGGCAAGAUGACCGCUCGCACCGCGGGCUUUGUCAGUGAGAUUCGGGUGAACGUUCGGUUGCCGCGAUACUCGUGCCCCGAAUGCCGGUCGUCUGAAUCGAUGCAGCAUCUUUUGCGCAACAACUUCAUCUUCCGAGUCACUUUGCAUAAGCUCUUUGGCGUCUUGCGUAACUGGGAGCCGAGAGAAUCCCUCACGUUGGAGCUCAACGUCUUCUCGCCCAGCGAUGCGGAGCACUGGUUCAAGCACAGUUGCAUUGAACUGGAUGAUCAGCUCGACGACUCAGAGUCUUGGCAUCACCUGCAGCGACAGGCUUUCUCUGGAUGGCACGAGCCGGAGCACGGCUGGGUCCGUGGCCGGCGGGUAGAGAGUCCUUCCGCAGGAGCGCUUCUGCGUGUAUUUGGCCGGGUGUGCUGCCGGGUAUUGUCCGGACUCCCGGAGAGCCUCCCAAAGACCAGGGCGGUGACGCGGCUCGUCGUUCCUCGGGAAUCGCUGCGGCGGAUUCCACCCGAAGCGCUGAUGCUGCUGGCGCACAAGCUUCCUCGGCUGCGGACCAUCGUCUACGAGCCGUGGAGCGAGGUCUCCCGCGCGCGUGAGAAUGAGACUGAUAAUGAGCUUUCCUAUAUGAUUUCUCACUCUCUGCCAAGUCACGUCGAGACGCUCUCGAUCUUUGAAGACAUCAACUUUGCACUUGCCUCGGCGCUUAGCAACGAUCCCUGGACCCCAAGCCAGUUCAACCCACCUUCCUAUUCUCACAUGGUCGAAAGCCUGGUCCUGAGGAGUUGCAGCCUCAAAAAUCUUUCAAUCUCUUUCAUGAUUGAUGCCUGGGACUUUUUGGGCUAUCUGAGGGAGGAUUUCGGCUCCCAGUUACGAUCGCUCACACUCACCGCGGCUAUUCUCAUGAGAGAUUCCGAAAGCGGGGACAUCGAUUCCUUCUUAGAAAGAGCGAGCUUGUUUCCGCGAGCCCUGGAGCAGCUUGAGCGACUGGUGCUUUGGAACUGCGAAGACGGAGAUGCCUGUGCGGUCGUCUACCAGAGGGACAGAUCGACACAGAAGGCUACUCUGACCACGCGAGCGACGUGGAAUCUUGCGCUGAAUGGCGAAACGUUGAGAUCCUGGAAAAAGGUCGACCCAGGCUACACCCUCGUAGUCGAGCAUGAGCGGCUGAGAAUGGCCAUCAGACGACCCGUCAAUGCCAUCCGCCAUCUGCGCUUGCCAGGCGAGAUUCUCAACCCAACGUCUGCCUGGAAGCGACCACGGGAAGUAUCCGUGGAAGAGAGGUCUGAAGAGGACUCUCUGCUGGAGGUCGGCAUCCCAGACGGUUGGCAGCGCAUUGAAUACUUCCUCGGCGUCGCCCUUAUGCUAUUUGUCGAUUUUCUACGUAGCAAUGCAUUCCCAUAUGUAUGGUACCAAAGGUGGAAUGGUGAGAUUUGA